CUAGAAGGGAAACCGGAAAAGAGAUUGUUUUGUUUCCGAAGAGGGAUAAAAAACAAACUACUUUUAAUGGGAGAUUGUCCGAGCAGGCGACGCUCGGAUUGAUCUUAUUUUUGCGAUGAGAAGAGUCACGCUGUUUGUCAACGGAACGUCCACGAAUGGAAAGGUGGUGGCCGUGUACGGAUCCCUGGAGGAUUUACUGAGCGUGGCCAGCUCGAAGCUGGGAAUCAGAGCCUCUAGUGUUUACAACGGGAACGGCGGCCUCAUAGACGACAUCGCGCUCAUCAGAGAUGACGACGUGUUGUACAUCUCAGACGGAGACUCAUCUGAAGAACCUCAGGGAGACUUUGUUGGUCCUGAAGCAGGUCAGACUCACACCGACUGGUUGACGCUCAAUGUCGGUGGACGCUGCUUCACCACCACCCGGAGCACUCUGGUCAGUAAAGAGCCUGAGAGCAUGUUGGCCCACAUGUUCAGAGAGAAAGAUGUUUGGGGGAACAAACGCGACCCCCAGGGGGCGUAUCUCAUCGACCGGAGUCCGGAUUACUUCGAGCCCAUUCUCAAUUACCUGAGACACGGACAGCUGAUCAUCAACGAGGGCAUCAACCCGCUGGGCGUCCUGGAAGAAGCUCGAUUCUUCGGUAUCGAGGAGCUCGCUGAUCAACUGGAGACGCUGAUAAAGUCCACUCAGCCUCCUGAUGACCACUCUCCUCUGAGCCGUAAGGAGUUCAUCAGGUUCCUUCUGGCCACGACCACCAAGUCUGAGCUACGCUGUCAGGGUCUGAACUUCACCGGGGCCGACUUGUCCCGUCUGGACCUGCGCUACAUCAACUUCAAGAUGGCCAACCUGAGGGGCGCCAACCUGACCCACGCCAACCUGAGCGGCGCCAACCUGGAGAGGGCCGACCUGUCCAUGGCCUGUCUGGACGCCGCUAACCUCCAGGGGGUGAAGAUGUUGUGCACCAACGCUGAAGGAGCUUCACUGAGGAGCUGCAACUUUGAGGAUCCAGCAGGAAUAAAGGCCAAUCUGGAAGGAGCCAACCUGAAGGGCGUGGACAUGGAGGGCAGCCAGAUGACGGGGAUCAACCUGAGGGUGGCCACCCUGAAGAACGCCAAGCUGAAGAACUGCAACCUGAGAGGAGCCACGCUGGCCGGCACCGACCUGGAGAACUGUGACUUGUCCGGCUGUGACCUCCAGGAGGCGAACCUCCGAGGCUCCAACGUGAAGGGAGCCAUCUUUGAGGAGAUGCUGACUCCUCUCCACAUGUCUCAGAGUGUCCGCUGAGACAAAGCUUUAAACCUCGGCUUUAAAGCUCAGCUUUAAAGCUCAGCUCACCAAACCAGUCGCUUCCCUGUUACCUUCCGUUUCUUUUACGAGACAUUAAACCAGAACAUUCCAGCACAAAGAGUUUAACAUUCAGCUUCAUCAUAGUCACAAACCUUCCUCCUUCCUUCCUCCUUCCUUCCUCCUUCCUCCUUCCUUCCUUCCUCCCUCCUUCUCUAGACUCUUGAAUGUAGAGUUAAGCAGAUUUGUGAUUUUCAGAAACCUUUUUAUCUGAGUGAAUUAACUACUGUAACAUCAGAGUCUGAGACACUGAACAGAAAAGCAGAAAAGUGUAAAGGAGGAAACUAGACGUCUUCUCGGUGUUUGUGUUCAUGUGAUUUUAUUUUUUUUUAUCAUGUUUAAACCGUCCUGUUAAAUAUAUCCAGAGUGUUUUUAUAAAAGUCUAGAGUUGAGUUCAGGUCGUUCGGGAACAUGAAUCUGUUUCUUGACUGAACGUUUUUUGCUGCUGCAUUUCUCAUAUUUACGUCUCGUCCUGCUGAAAACGGUGGAUAAAUGUUUACACGUUUCUCUUUAAAUCUGAAUGUUUCUGGUAAAGUUGAGGUGCUAAAACUUUCCCUCCGUUCUCUGGUUGUUUGUGUUUAAUAAACGCUUUUCUUACA